CUUCCAACCCUCGCCACAUCUCCAAGUUGCCGCUCCUUCACCAACACUUCGAUAUCCCCUUGCAACCACUCUCUAGAGUAGCUGCAAGCAAUUGCCAUCGCGGCUCAGAGUCGUCAGUUGUUGUCACCUUCUCAUCCUCUUCAUCGCCACAUCGUCUGCUCUCCUUCGCCACUUGGCCACCCGCGCGCCCAUCAUGCUCUCUCGCACUCUGCGCUCAUCCACGAGCGCUGCCAGAGCGGUAGCUGCUCCUCGUGUGGCAUCGAGCAGCUUUGCCACUUCAUCAAGAGCAAUGCUCGCCACCCCUGCACCGGAGAAGAAGAUGGUCACCCUCACCAUCGACGGCAAGGAGGUCACUGUGCCCCAGGGUACCGCUCUCAUUCAGGCUUGCGAGCAGGCUGGUGCUCAGAUCCCGCGCUUCUGCUACCACGAGCGUCUGCUCAUCGCCGGUAACUGCCGCAUGUGCCUCGUCGAGUCCAAGGGCGCUCCCAAGCCCAUUGCCUCAUGCGCUUGGCCCGUUCAGCCCGGACAAGUAGUUUCCACCACCUCUCCCCUCGUAGCCAAAGCCCGUGAAGGAGUCAUGGAGUUCCUCCUCGCCAACCACCCGCUCGACUGCCCCAUCUGUGAUUGGGGUGGCGAGUGCGACUUGCAGGACCAGUCGAUGAGGUAUGGCUCUGACAGGGGAAGGAUGCACGAGGUUGCUGGAAAGAGGGCUGUGGAGGACAAGAACUUGGGACCAUUGGUCAAGACGGUUAUGACUAGAUGCAUUCAGUGCACUCGUUGCGUGCGAUUCGCAAAUGACGUUGCUGGUGUCCAGGACUUGGGCACAUCGGGACGUGGCAAUGACUUGCAGAUUGGCACAUACGUCGAGAAGAGCAUCAACUCCGAGAUGUCGGGCAACAUGAUCGACCUUUGUCCCGUCGGUGCCCUCACGUCAAAGCCCUACGCCUUCACCGCUCGACCUUGGGAGCUCAAGAAGUCAGAGUCCAUCGAUGUUCUCGACGCCGUUGGGUCUAACAUUCGCGUCGACUCGCGAGGCGUCCAGGUCAUGCGUGUCCUUCCCCGCCUCAACGAGGACGUCAACGAGGAGUGGAUCAACGAUAAGACCCGCUACGCCGCAGAUGGACUUAAGUACCAGCGCCUCACUACCCCGCUCAUCAAGCAGGGCGACCGCUUCGUUCCCGCUUCAUGGCCCGAGGCACUUGCCACCGUUGCUGAGGGUCUCGAGCAGUCUGGCGCCAAGGGCGACGAGAUCAAGGGUGUCGUCGGUUCCCUCGCCGACGCUGAAUCCAUGGUGGCACUCAAGGACCUCAUGAACCGCCUUGGCUCCGAGAACGUCACCGUCGACCAACCAGCAGUCGACUCGGCAGCUCCCAUCUACUCGCAGGACUUCCGCUCCAACUACAUGAUGAACUCGACCAUCUCCGGCCUUGAGGAGGCAGAUGCCCUCCUCCUCGUCGGUACCAACCCUCGCCACGAGGCCGCCAUUGUCAACACUCGCAUUCGCAAGGGCUACCUCCACAAUGGCCUCGACGUGGGACUGAUCGGGGAGAAGGUUGACCUCACCUACGACUACGCUCACGUCGGCAGCGAUGCGCAAGCUGUACGUGACUUCGUUGCUGGAAAGGGCGAGUUUGCCAAGCUCUUCGGCAAGGCAAAGAAGCCCAUGAUCAUCGUCGGCAGCGGUGUAGCGGAGCAUGUAGACGGCAAGGCCAUCCUCUCUGACUUGGCCACUCUCGUCGAGAAGAACAAGGACCGCAUGCUCACUCAGGAGUGGAACGGUCUCAACUUCCUGCAGCGCACUGCCUCUCGUACGGCAGCUAACGACAUCGGCAUUCAGGCGAGCAACAACGCCACCAACCCGAAGUUCGUCUACCUCCUCGGCGCAGACGACGUCUCGCCCGAGUCCAUCCCAGCAGACAGCUUUGUCGUCUAUCAGGGCCACCACGGUGACGUUGGCGCAUCGCUCGCGGACGUUGUCCUCCCCUCUGCAGCCUACACAGAGAAGAACGUCACCUACGUCAACACUGAAGGCCGCACGCAGCAGACGCGCGCCGCCGUCUCUCCCCCCGGCGCGGCAAGGGAAGACUGGAAGGUCAUCCGUGCCCUGUCCGAGGUUUGCGGCGCCACACUCCCCUACGAGGAUCUCCUCGACCUCAGGGAUCGAAUGUUCGAGGUCAGCCCAUCCCUUGUUCGCUAUGAUGUCGCUGAGCCCACCAGCCGCGAGGCGGCAGAGGUUGCCUUGGCGGGCAUGAAGGCGCUGGGUGGUUCAGGAAAGACGGCUGCCAAGAUCAGCGGUGCGCCGUUGCUUGCGGCACUGACGAGGGAGAAGUUCUACACUACCGACCCCGUGAGCAGGGCGAGCCCGACGAUGGCGCAGUGUGUCGAGGCGUUUGUCAAGGAGGUGCCUAUGGAGCAUACCGAGGGGAUGGUCAACGUUGCGCCCCUCAACUAGAGGUGUGGUUCGAGGUUGAUUCGUAGCAGCAAUAUCAGAUCAUGAUUCACGCAAACAAACGACGUGACGCCACUAUGACGAGAGCAUGGGAAUGAAGCAGAUAUGUCUCGGGAGAGCUGAAGAUUGUAUUAUGGGUGGCAAAUGCCGCUACUUUGUGUACACUGUGCCAUGAGCGCGCUUACUACUUCUUGUACCCGGCCUCCUCGAGUGCCUCCUUGAGACUCUUGAGCAGGUGGUC